UUCUCCGACACCAAUUCGUUUUAUAUUUUCGACUUGUCGACUGUUCUGAAUGACACGAAUUCAAAUCUCUUGACCAAACUGGCGGCAUCUUAUAGUUCUCUCUGAGAAAAUAAAGGAAAUCUGAAGAAUCGAUCCAAGUGAGGAUUAAUGGGAACCAUAGACUUUAGAGCUGCUUCAGAUGUAAACUCGAUUGCGGAUCUUAGUAAUCAAGUUCACCAGCUCCCUUGCUGCAUUAGAUUCGAUGGUCCUGCUGAAGUUUCCCACUAUUUCAAGCCUAAAUCUAGUGAGGUGGAGAUUGAUGGAGUAAGAACGGAAGAAGCUCAUUUCAGAGGAAGGAAGUUGCAAGGAGCAACUAUCUCACUCCCUAGUGGCUACUCUGGCUUUGUGCUUGGACAAACGAGUAACCUAAAUGCUAAUGGAAAGAGAAAAGCUUCUAGUGUCACGGAGGAGAACCCCUGCUGGGAAGUGAAGGCCAAAUUCGAUAACCUGACAUAUUGGAAUCACGAUAAUCUCCCUUCAAAAGACGAUACUUUUGUGCGGUCUUUUCAUUGGUUUAACAUUGCAGAAGCGCUACACAAGCCAGUGAAAGUAGAAGACUUGGUUGCGGUUUCGCAAGGUGGUAAGGGUUAAACGUGAAGUGGCAUUAGGCGUUGAACAAAACAUCUAACCAAGUAAGAGGUCAUUUAAAACGUUUGUUGACAUAUGAUUCUCAAGGUCUAUUUGAUUAACACUGAGUAGGACCAGACAUGGUGAGGAUUAGUCCACAUGAUAAGUUGUGUUAUUUUCUGUAUCAUAUUUUGAAUUAUGUUGAAAAAAUUGAAUUUAUUUGUCUGUUUUAUUGAGCUAUUUUGGUUUACAUUUUAGACCUUAUGGGGGGGUUAUUUAAUAUUAAAUUUUAUCAUUGUAA